AUGUUUGUGCAGGAGCAUGCAGCGCCGUUUGACCAGAAAGAGAAGACCCCAAUUCUGGGCAGCAGGAAAGACUACUGGGAUUAUUUCUGUGACUGUUUGGCCGAGAUUAAAGGAGCUAAUGACGGCAUUCGCUUUGUCAAAUCAAUCCCUGAGGUGAAGAAGCCCUUAGGGAUUGGACGAGCAUUCAUCCGCUUCUGUCUGGUGCACCAGAGACUGGCAGACACUCAGCAAUGUCUUAUGAACUCCAAGAUCACAUGUGAGUGGUAUUAUGAACACAGUCCCUAUCUGAAGUCACAUCUAAACAUCGAUAUUAUCAACCACCUGUAUGAACUCAAUGAGGUCCAGUUUGAUGUAGCAUCCAGAGGUCACGACCUUGACUCUGACUGGCCCACUUUUGCCAGUUGCAGGAGAUGCUAGAACAGGCUGAAGAAUAAGCCAGGAGCCACUCUGAGAUCCCAGCCAUGCGAUGAAUCUGUACACCAUAAUAAACGCUGCUCAUGGAUGUUGAUUUUG